GGCAUUCACCCGUCGCAGCAGGAAGAUCACUUCUCCCCUCUUCAGGUUUAACUCUGCCUGGCCAUUCCCGCGAAAGUCAAACAUCGCCUGAGACGCAGAGAAGGAAGAGGCAAGUGAGUGAGAGAACAGAGGAACGAGAGACAGUGUGAAGCAGGUGGACUGAGCACAAAGAGUGAGCAAUGACGGCUGGCAGAAUGGUAAUGACCGAUCUCUUAAAGCCAGAGGAGAUCAAGAAAGCUCUUGAUGCCUUUGCAGCGGAAACCUUUGACCCUAAGAAGUUCUUUGAGAUGGUGGGAAUGAAGGCCAUGUCAGCUGAAAAUGUCAAGAAGGUCUUCCAGGUUCUGGACGUGGAUGGAAGCGGAUUCAUAGAGGAAGAGGAACUCAAGUUUGUACUGAAGGGAUUCUCAAACGAAGGCAGGGAUCUGACGGAUGCCGAGACAAAAGCAUUCCUCACAGCUGCAGACAAAGAUGGCGAUGGCAAAAUUGGCAUUGAUGAGUUUGAGACCUUGGUUCAUGAGUAGGGGGAGAGCUGAGACCCCCCUUCAUCCUCCGUCUCUUCGUUCCCGCAUUUGUAAACGCCCACCUUCCUACUCUUCCCACCUCCCUCUGGACCCCACUUUUUGGAGUCGGACCAGGCCUGUUCUCUUCCAAACAACAGUAACAGGCCCACUGGGAGUCACAAUGAAGAGAAUCAUACCGGCAGUGCAUCAGUUUCAUUAAUCCAUUUUUAUAUAUUUAUUUAACUCAACAUGCUGUACAGAUUUCAGAAUCAUCCCUGAUGACAAAUGAGGAUAAACUGUGGUAUAAAAACAGAUGGUAAUAGUGCUGUGGGUGCUGUAGAUGUUCAAGACUCCCAUAAUCUCAUUUUCUUUGCUCUGUCUUACAGAAGGUUGUGCAUUAUGUUUUCACUGAUUUUAUUUCUGGAUGUUCAUGCAUCAGUUCACUUUCUUCCCACCGCUCCUCCUCCUCCACCCUACCUGACCUUCCUCCUCUCACCUCUGUCCUUUCCUCCGCCUCCUCACUUCCAAACUCUGAUCAGAUAAUGUGGUUAAAAAAAAAAAACAUUCACAUAUAAGGAGAGCUGUAAAGAGAGAAGACACCAAUAAGAAAUGAUAAUAAAAACCAUUUGAGAUACCGUG